UCCGGGCUGAGGCGCGGGCGGGCGCGGUCAUGGCGGCGCCCACGUACGUGUCCCUCGACGGCCGCCCGGUCCGGGCCCGGGCGCUGGCGCUGGCCCCAGCGCUGUGCCUGCUGGUCGGUCUGUCCCUCGGCCGCCUGGCGGGCGCGGUCCCGGCCCCGGGGCCCCGCGGGGCGCGCGACGGGCCGGUGCCGGCCGCCUGCCGCUCGGUGCUGCUGGACGCCGCGUCGGGCCAGCUGCGCCUGGUGGACGGCCUCCAGCCCGGGGCGGUGGCCUGGGCCAACCUCACCAACGCCAUCCCCGAGACUGGGUGGGCCUUCCUGGAGCUGGGCACCAGCGGCGACUACAAUGACAGCCUGCAGGCCUACGCAGCUGGUGUGGUGGAGGCCUCCGUGUCAGAGGAGCUCAUCUACAUGCACUGGAUGAACACGAUGGUGAACUACUGCGGCCCCUUUGAGUAUGAGGUUGGCUACUGCGAGCGGCUCAAGAGCUUCCUGGAGACCAACCUGGAGUGGAUGCAGCAGCAGAUGGAGCUGCACCCAGACUGCCCCUACUGGCACCAGGUGCGGCUGACCCUCCUGCAGCUGAAGGGCCUGGAGGAUAGCUACGAGGGCCACUUGAGCUUCCCCACUGGGAGGUUCUCCAUCAAGCCUCUGGGGUUCCUACUGCUGCAGAUCUCAGGUGACCUGGAGGACCUAGAGCUGGCCCUGAACAAGAGUAAGACCAGGGCAACCCUGGGCUCCGGCUCCUGCUCCGCCCUCCUCAAGUUGCUGCCCGGCCAGCGGGACCUGCUGGUGGCCCACAACACGUGGAACGCCUACCAGUACAUGCUGCGCGUCCUCAAGAAGUACCAGCUGCAGUUCCGGGUGGGCCCCCGAGAGGACUUCCCCCUGGCUCCGGGGAACAAGGUGGUCUUCUCAUCCUACCCGGGCACCAUCCUCUCCGGUGACGACUUCUACAUCCUGGGUAGCGGGCUGGUCACCCUGGAGACCACCAUCGGCAACAGGAACCCGGCGCUGUGGAAGUACGUGCAGCCCGAGGGCUGCGUGCUCGAGUGGCUGCGCAACACCGUGGCCAACCGCCUGGCGGUGGACGGGGCCAGCUGGGCGGAUGUCUUCAAGAGGCUUAACAGCGGCACGUACAAUAACCAGUGGAUGGUCGUGGACUACAAGGCAUUUACCCCCGGGAGGACCGGCCCCGGCAGCAAGGUGCUCACCGUCCUGGAACAGAUCCCGGGCAUGGUGGUGGUGGCAGACAGGACGGAGGAGCUCUACAAGAAGACCUACUGGGCCAGCUACAACAUCCCGUCUUUCGAGUCUGUGUUCAAUGCCAGUGGACUGCAGGCCCUGGUGGCCCAGUACGGGGACUGGUUUUCCUACAGCAAGAGCCCCCGCGCCCAGAUCUUCCUGCGGAACCAUUCCCUGGUGCACAACGUGGACUCCAUGGUGCGGCUGAUGAGGUACAACGACUACCUCCACGACCCCCUGUCCCGGUGUGAAGCCUGCAGCCCGAAGCCCAACGGGGAAAACGCCAUUUCUGCCCGCUCUGACCUCAACCCAGCCAACGGCUCCUACCCCUUCCCGGCACUGCGCCAGCGCUCGCACGGGGGUAUCGACGUGAAGGUGACCAGCAUGUCAAUGGCCAAGACGCUGAGCCUGCAGGCCGUCAGCGGCCCCACGUGGGACCAGGUGCCCGCAUUCCAGUGGAGCACCUCACCCUUCCGGGACAUGCUGCACAUGGGCCACCCUGACCUCUGGAAGUUCGCCCCUGUGGAGGUGUCGUGGGGCUGAGGUGCCCCCUCGCCUUGCUGCCGCUGUGGAGCCCGGGCAGGGCCUCCCUCCCCUGCCCGCCCUCGCGGAGCCUCCGUCCGCCCUCUGGGAGCCAGGGCAGGGAGAGGCCGACUCAGCAUCACUCCUGAAGAGCGCAGGCGCCAGCCCUGUCUCCCGAUCUGCACUGUCUCUGCCGUGGUCCCCCUGCUCUGCUCGUCCCCAGGGCACUGUGGGCGGGGCCCCACUGCCCCCCAGGAAGUGGGCCACGCCCCUCCCUGGCAGCUUCCUUGAAGACAGAAACUUGAAAACCAAAACCAAAGUUUCUGGCCACUCGUGGUUGGAGGGUCCUGAGUGCCCGUCCUGAGUGCCCGUCCUGAGUGCCCUGCAGGGCCAGCGGGAGUGUCACCCUGCGCUCCUGCCUCACGUCCCCCCCCCAGCCUGGCCUGCCCCUGGUCUCUGGGCAGCGCCCACAGCCCCUGCUGUAGGAGCCAAACCACAGGCUGUGCCACAUUAAACACGGGAGGCUGUGA